GUGCCUGGAAUUAUGCUCCGAUUCUCUCCGGAGCAUCAACUGAAUCAUUACUGGCGCAUGCAGGUGCAGAAAUCGACCGGGAUAAAGCGAUCGGGUGCCGGAUAACGCGCGAAGUCCGAUCGCAUCUUGCUGGGUCGCGCGACCGUUGCAAGAAAACAACUACCUGAUAAUACGAUGACUAGAACCCCUUUUUUUCUUGCAGCAGAAUGACUUUCAGCUUAGCUUGUCAUUUGCAUCCAGUCGUCUUUCAGAGAUUUGCGCUCUUUUUCAGCCACAUGAAGCGAACCUCUGCAGAUGCAGAUCUCGAUACCACAGAGUGCUCGACAACCACCAUUCAGCAAAAUGCCGCAGGUUUAAUGUCGCCAUUGCUUUCUCAAGACAUUUCCGAACCGUGCUCGGACUUUGAGUCGGAUGCCGCGCUGAACGCGCUGCUGGUAGGAUUGCAAGCAGAUUGCUCGCAGCCAACACCGGCAUCGGAACCAGGCGCCAGCGCGAGACCCCGCCGAGUCCUGCCUGCGACAUUCUACAUGGCAGAUGCUUCUGCUCCCUAUCAAGCGACGGCAACUCAGGCCACCGUCGGAGACCAGGGAGACGACCAGCAGCAGGUUGUCCAGGCCGCCUCCAAGCGACGCACGCUCCCGUGGGCAUCGGCACCCGCGGUGGCGCCGACGCUCACAACGGAAGGGUCUGCUGCAAGCUCAAUGACCAAUCUCAAGGAUGAGACGACUGGCAGCCCGCAACUCGAAGUCGGAUUGCCGCGGUUUCAGUUCUCCGGCUCUGUGGUUUACAUUACAGACGUUGAGGUUGGCCAAAUCCAAUGCGCAGACUUGAUGUCGCAGUUAGUAUCGCGUCUGAGUACUGAAGGGCAAGACGGCGCCGACGGGCAGGUUGCACCUGCGCUGGGCUUUGACAUUGAAUGGUUUGCACCCUUCAUUCGCGGUCAAAAGGCACGGCCGACAGCCCUCCUGCAGCUGGCCGUUGAAAAUGGCCCGUGCUACUUGUUUCAUCUCAUACAGAUGCAAGGCAUUCCUCCUGCGUUGCAGGAGCUGCUGGCUGACUCACGCAUUGCCAAGGUGGGAGUGGGCAUCAAAAACGACGUGACUCGUCUCGUACGCGACUACUCGCUCAAAGUGAACGGUGCAGUGGAUUUGGAGGAGCUCGCCGCCGUGCGCGUCGUGCCGCUCAGAACACGUUGGUCUCUUCAAGCUCUUGUCCAAAAGACGCUGAAUUGUUUGUUAGACAAGUCUUCCGAGCUGCGACUGGGCAAUUGGGAAGAAGCGCCAUUGUCUUGGGAGAUGCAAGAGUAUGCCGCCAAUGAUGCGCAUGCAUCUCUGCAGACGUACUUGGCGUUGGUCGCCAUGCCAGUAUUGAACUACUCCUUUUCCAACGGCAUUCCCAUGUUGACUGGCGACGACGACAAACCCAACCCAUAGUCUCGUCUUGCGGCUUUGCGACUGGUCAAGAAUCUGAUGCUAUCUUUUGCCAUGCAGCUCUAUGCUUUGGCGUUAUUUAUUUCAUGCAGAAAACAACAAACCAACAAGAUAUUCUCCAUACCAACAACAGCAUUUGGUAACGCAACAAAAAAAUUACAACAUGAUUCGCUGCGCGCCCGCACCCAAGAUGAG